UCCUGGCAGUAUCAGUUCAUUACAGAGUAACAUAUUGCAUGUAACAUUACUAAUCGAUAUAAUGAAAUUUAAGAUAGUUUUUCUUACGUUUAUUUUAGUAUUCUUUGUACUAGAUGGCAUUAACGCAAAAGUGAAAUUUGGUAACUUAUCGUUUGGAUCAUUACGCAGAUCAUAUAGUAGAUCCCGUGGAUCGUAUGGUGGAUCACGUGGAUCGUAUGGUGGAUCACGUGGAUCGUAUGGUGGAUCACGUGGAUCGUCACAUGGAACAUCAUAUGGAAGUUCUAAUCACGGGAUUAGUAGUCAUGGAACAUCUUUCAAUAGACCUGUUAUGCCAAGUUCCAUAGGUCAAAAACCUUCUAGUACUGGAACUUCUCAUUCACAUGCUACAGCAAGUUCUCCUGCAACAUCUCAAUCCAAUAAAAAUAUUAAUACACACUUCUUACAUGGUGAGGGAGGAGGAGCUACACGACCAACCCAAACACAACCUGCUCAAUCAUCAAAACUUGGAAACCAUCAUACCCCGUACCCUGCUGUACCUGCUUCUGCUCCACCACUUGGAGGAAAACCAGGAGUUGCAUUUGACCACAGACAAACUUCACCUUAUCAACCAUCUGCACCUCAUCAGGAUAUUACGAAAUCUUCUGCAGGCACACUUCAGAAUCAAGGUCCAGGUCAAGCAAAUCCCUCUUGGAGCAAUCCUUACUUAAAUACCAACAGUCCAAACGCAGGGCGUUAUCCUCCAUGGAGUAAUCCUCAUCAAGGAGCCUUUGCACCACCUGUAUCAGGUUCUCAACCAGCUGUACCAGGUUCUCAAUCACUUCCAAUUGGAUUUAAAGAUCAUAUUUAUCCACAGAAUCGUCCGACCUCUCCUGGCACUCAAUUUAGCCCACCUACCAGUGGACAUCCCCCUUAUCCUACACAUUCUAUGCCCUCUUCACCUAUCAGUGGUCAUGCUCCUUACCCCCCACAACAUAUGCCUUCACCUUUCAGUGGACAUACCCCAUACCCCACACAACAUAUGCCACCACCUGGUUCUUUGUCACAUUCUGCUCCUUCUCCAUACCACCCAACGAAUUCAAUGCCAUUAGGAAAUCCUUACUCUAUGCAUCCUCCUGGAGGUGUCUACAAUGCACCUGGACAAGCCUCUUACCCACAACAACCACAAAUGUUUGCUCAACCUGCAACACAACCCUUUAUACCCGGCCAGACCAUUCUGAUGGUACCAGAGAAACAUGAUUCUGGCAGAGGUUUCGGCCAGAUGGUCAAGGAAGCUCUCGUGUUCUCGACUAUUAACGCAGGAGUAAAUAGGAUAAUAAAUCCUCAUACUCAUCACUAUACUGAAAGCAGACCUGCAACAGAUACUGCUGCUCCUGCUGCUGCAGCACCUACAACUCAUGUCACUUACAACAACCAAUACUUCAAUGGUGUUCCUGGAACUCCUGACGCAGCGAAUCCUACAAACAUGCCACAAGGAACUGGGCAAACUAAUAAUUACUCAGGUGGAACACCUACUUCAAACAUGCCACCAGUAACUGGAUUAACGAAUAGUUAUCCAAGUGGAGGAAAUGGCGUUCCUUCGUCAGGAAACGAGAGUCCAUACGUUCCGAACAUUCCGAAUAUUCCUAGCAAUACAGAUAGCUCAAGUUCAACUGGAAGUGGACAUAGAACAAGCAUUACUGGAUCUCGUACAAAUGAGAAUGUCGCUGCACCUACAGCUGAAUCUAAUGCUGCUAACCCUACCACUGCUGACCCUAAUGUACUACAAUACAGAAUUUCUGACAAUGAACUUUACCAAAUAUCAGAGGAACUCUUCAUGAAAAGCUCCCACGACAUAUCUAAGAUGAUAAAACUAAAUCUACAGACUCGUGUUACAUCUCCUAAUGUAACAGACGAAGCCAGGGAACCAUUGUUCGACGUGGAACCAGAGUUAUUAGAGUACCCGACGAUUUACGCGACACGGUCCUUGUACAACAGCUACGAGUACGAUUAUAAGAAAAAGAUUAAUCGCACGAUCGAGACAAGGAAAAUGGAGAACCUUCUCAUCGACACCUUCUUAAAUACAAACGAAAUUGCGACAGCGAUGCAAUGGCUAGCUGAUCAUGGAUUCGUCGACCCGGACGACUUCGAGAGGAAAGACGUGCUUCGUCGUAUAUGGUUCACCAUGUUCAGUGGAAGUACAUGUGGAUUCGAGCGUGUGUUCGCAUCUGAAAAUUACGGCAAUGCUAUCGUUGGUGUUCAAGACUGGAUUUACUUCCAAAAUCAAGAAUCCCAGAAACGUAUAGAUUACAUGGGCUACGUGGAUAAAUUGAAUCUUGGAAGUACGGCUUCUUUAUUAAAAUUGAACUUCCAAAUGGACGGAAUCAUUCGACCAAACGCGACAAUAUUCGUGGGCACUUUGCCUGAACUGGAAAUGUCCUUAUACACUAUAUGCUUCUACGCAAGGCCGAACAAUCUGUGUCCAGUCUCCCUCGGUGGUACUAAAUUCAACAUCUACACGCAUUCGUUCAAUUAUUUCGGAAGUGAGGUUAUGGACCUCGGUCUCCUGAUGUUCUAACUUACAGAUGCAACUUAAAACGUAGUUAUAUAUGUAGAAUUUAAUGUAGUUUAUAUUAUAUCGUUAUAAUUAUAUAUAAAACGAAUAACAAAUUAUAU